CUUCUUUUACGUGGGUCCUUCAGUUUCCAUGAAGGAUGAUCGAACCCAUUGCUAAAUCCUAAACAAAACAAAAAAAAUGUUUAUUUCUCUUGAUCAGCUUUUUUACCCUUCUGAUUAAUUUUUAGAACACCAUGCAUUGUUUCCCGUGUUUCUCUACGCCAAAGAGUAAAAAAUCUCCAACUAGGAAUGAGACUAACGACAAUGAAACCAGACCACAUGCACACGAGGAUAAACAUGCAAAUGAAGCAGAGCACAUGGAAGAAACAACGCUGAAGACAUUCACUUUCCGAGAACUAGCAACGGCGACAAAGAAUUUCCGGCAAGAAUGUUUAUUAGGAGAAGGUGGAUUCGGUAGGGUUUACAAAGGAACCAUUCAGUCUACUGGCCAGGUGGUGGCUAUAAAGCAACUAGACAAGCAUGGAUUACACGGGAACAAGGAGUUUCAAGCCGAGGUCUUGUCAUUAGGCCGACUCGAUCAUGUCAAUCUUGUCAAGCUUGUAGGCUAUUGUGCUGAUGGAGAUCAAAGGCUCUUGGUUUAUGAUUAUGUAACUGGAGGUUCUCUCCAACACUAUCUUCAUGAGCCAAAAUCAGACCGUGAACCAAUGGACUGGACGACGAGGAUGCAAAUAGCGUAUGGUGCAGCGCAAGGGCUUGACUACUUGCACGAUAAAGUGAAUCCACCUGUGAUAUACCGUGACUUGAAAGCUUCAAACGUUUUGUUGGACGAUACUUUUUGUCCGAAGCUUUCUGACUUUGGCCUGCAUAAGCUAGGACCAGGGACAGGUGAUAAGAUGGUGGCUUUAAAUUCUCGAGUAAUGGGAACUUAUGGUUACUCCGCUCCUGAGUACACACGAGGAGGAAAUCUUACCAUGAAAUCAGAUGUCUACAGCUUUGGAGUUGUGUUGCUUGAGCUCAUCACUGGUCGAAGAGCUCUUGAUACUACUAGACCUAAUGAUGAACAAAACUUAGUUUCUUGGGCACAACCAUUGUUUGGAGAUCCGAAGAGAUAUCCUGAUAUGGCAGAUCCAGUUCUUGAGAAUAAAUUUUCAGAGAGAGGGUUGAACCAAGCAGUGGCGAUAGCUUCCAUGUGUGUGCAAGAGGAAGCAACAACUCGUCCUCUGAUAAGCGAUGUAAUGGUCGCACUCAGCUUCCUUUCCAUGUCUACAGAAGACGGUGUUCCCACCACUGUUCCUAUCUUAUCCUUCAGGGACAAGAGCAUGUCUAUAGCCUUGAGCCGACAUGAUUCAGAUCUUGCAUCUCCUAAACUAGCAGUACAAGAUGAAAAGUCUAGCUCGAGCGAGUCUGAUGACGGGUCUGGUUCUGACUCACAUGAAGAGGAUCGAAGCAGUAUAUCAUCAAGGCCUGUCGAUGAGAAGAACCAGGCGCAAAGCUUGAAGAUAAACUAUAGAUAUAGCUGGGAAGAAGUGGACGUUAGUGAUGAGAAACUAAGCAGUAAAGGCAGCCAUAAAUCAAAUGAUGGAAGCGUUUCUUCGUUCUAUGAUAUCGACGGAGACCAUGAUGAUUCACUUAGGAAUAAGGAGAAAAAGGAAGAAGAUCACGGCUCAAAAACUGAUGAUGAUCAAAGUGUUUACUUUGAUGAUGAGUCAGGAGAUGACAAUGGGAUAUCUUUUCACCGGAUAAAAUCAGGGGUGGAGGCUUAACUAUGUUUAAAGUGACUCUCAGGAGAUUGAAUCUUUCUUCAUAGUUAUUUUUUGUAUCAUCCAUCAAAGCUAAAGAGACAAAAGAAUUUGAA